AUGGGGAGCAAGGCACCAAGUUGGUCAGACCAGUGGGGAAAUGGAGGGUUUGGUAGUGAGCACUAUGAUUUGGAGGAUGAGAAGAUGAAGAAGAGCAGUGGAAGCAACAAGAAGAUGGCAGCUGGUAUGGAUAAGGCCAAAGCAGCAGCAAUUGUGGGUGCUGACAAGGCUAAGACUGCUGCUGUGGUGGGUGCACAGAAGUUGAAGGGUGGAACCUCUGCGGGAAUCAAAUGGGUCAAGAAUCAGUAUCAGAAAAGGACUUCCAAGUGA